UAGUCCUGGGGUAUGUUUAUUUUUUAGAACCAGUGUUUUUCUUACUAUGACUCUUCUUCCCAUCCCAAAUUAUUCCUCAAAGGUCCUUCUAGCAAUAGCAUAAGGAUCACAAAAAAAUUGUCCCCUUCCCCACCUACCUAAACCGACACUCCUCGCCCACCCAUCCACCACCAGCUUGCAGAAGCUGCCACGCAGCUGGCUGGAAAAGCAAAGGGAGAGGGCCCCUCCCGGGAGGGGGAAGCGAAAAGGGUGGCGUCUCUAAGAGAUUUAACCUCCUACCCUCGGUUCCACACGCCACCCCCUCCCUCCAAAGACUGGGAGGGCGCCUCCAUUUUUGUUUUGGGGCGGAAGGGCAGGGGCUCGUGGAUGGAAGGGGGUCAAGGGAAACGGUGAUUAUCACCUGUACGGGGCAAACGGGUGCCGUUCUUCUACCCUUUCUCUCAAUCUGCACCCCCUCUGCAAACUGCCCCCCCACCUUCUCGGGGUCUCCCCCCCCCCCUUGUUGCUAAGGCCCAGACCGUCAUCCCAGCAACAGCCUCAGUCAUGUGACCGGCAAUGGCGGCGCUGACGGGAGUCCUGGUCAGCUGAGUGUGGAACUAGAGGGAUUUCUGCUGCUCUCGUUGUCCAUGGGCUUUCCAGGUCACACAACCUACAAGUAGGGAGCAGGGACAGUGAGAGAGAGCCUGCAUGCCAAUUCUAAGCUCUUCAGGAUCAAAAAUGGCAGCCUGUGGAGGCACCUGCAAGAACAAAGUGACCGUCUCCAAGCCUGUGUGGGACUUCCUGAGCAAGGAGACCCCAGCCCGGCUGGCCCGGCUUCGGGAGGAGCACCGUGUGUCAAUCCUCAUAGAUGGCGAGACCUCUGACAUCUAUGUCCUCCAGCUUUCCCCGCAGGGCCCUCCCCCAGCCCCUCCCAAUGGGCUCUACCUGGCCCGGAAGGCUCUCAAGGGGCUGCUAAAAGAGGCCGAGAAAGAGCUGAAGAAAGCUCAGAGGCAGGGCGAGCUUAUGGGCUGCCUGGCUUUGGGGGGUGGCGGGGAGCACCCUGAGUUGCACCGCCCAGGGCCCCCCCCUCCCCCUCUGCGAGCAGCCCCCCUUCUGCCCCCGGGGGCUCGGGGGCUUCCUCCCCCUCCUCCUCCCCUCCCUCCUCCCCUUCCUCCCCGCCUUCGGGAGGAGGCUGAAGAACAGGAGAGCACCUGCCCCAUCUGUCUGGGGGAGAUCCAGAAUGCCAAGACAUUGGAGAAGUGCCGGCACUCAUUCUGUGAGGGCUGCAUCACCCGGGCCCUGCAGGUGAAAAAGGCCUGUCCCAUGUGUGGCCGCUUCUAUGGGCAGCUGGUGGGCAACCAGCCGCAGAAUGGGAGGAUGCUGGUCUCUAAGGACGCCACACUCCUGCUGCCCAGCUAUGAGAAGUACGGCACCAUCGUCAUCCAGUACGUCUUCCCGCCCGGUGUCCAGGGGGCUGAACACCCAAACCCAGGAGUUCGGUAUCCUGGCACCACAAGGGUGGCCUACCUCCCGGACUGCCCUGAGGGCAACAAGGUGCUGACCCUGUUCCGCAAAGCAUUUGACCAGCGUCUCACCUUCACUAUCGGCACGUCCAUGACCACAGGGAGACCGAAUGUCAUCACCUGGAACGACAUCCACCACAAGACCAGCUGCACAGGGGGACCCCAGCUGUUUGGGUACCCGGACCCCACCUACCUGACCCGGGUGCAAGAAGAGCUGAGAGCCAAGGGUAUCACAGAUGACUGAAGGACAUCCCCUUUGCCAAGCCCUUGUCUUUCUCCAUAGGACCCAGCGGAAGCCUCUGUUCUCCUCCCUCUGCCCCCCACACCACACAAACAGGGGAUCAGUAUGACUUGGGGAAGGAGUUCAGAGAGGGAGGGGGCAAUCCCUUACCCUGUCCCCCACAGGCCAAGUGCUUCAGUGCAGUGAGCCACUCCCUUCUAGCGGAGGGAUCUCCCAGGCUCUUCUCCCCUCCUCCCCCUGUACAUACUCCCAAUUUCCCUACCCCCUCCAUUGCCCUUGGCUUUUUCUGGUAUGUGCUGUGCUCCAGUGACUAAGCUGAGAAAGGACCUGGGUGGGGAAGGAGGGUCUCUUGAGCCCCUGCCCCCACAGACUGCUCCACUGCUGAACUUAGCUGUAGGGGAAGAGGAAUGGGGCCGAGAUGUGCCCCCGAGAAGCCAGGCCUUGUGUGUUCUUCAGAAACGAUCCCCCUUCUACCUUAACCUUGUCCUUUCUCUCCUGUGUCUCCCUCUCUGUCCGUCUGUCUCCCCGCUCUUCUCUGCCCCCUAUAAGGAGCCUCCUUACCCUGUUCUGGAAUCGCCGCCAGACUGUAGCUUUUAAUUUAAUAAAAAUAAAGUAAAAUAUGCAACUCUC